GCAUACACCCGCAACGACGACCUCGGAGCAUCAAGGACCCGUAGCAGUGCCCAGACUCUGCCUGUAUGCCGCCGAAGAAGAAGAGAAUCGAUGAGGCCGACUAUGGCAUAAAUCGGCAGGGUAAUGACUUCCGUUUCAGCUCAAUUGAGCCGUACUACGCAUUCAAUCAGAAGAACGCAUACGCAGAAUAUCUCAAGCGAGACGAACAGUUCUUGUCAUACAGAUCGGAUCGUGAAGAAGCAGAAGCAAAAGCCGCUGCAAAGGCGGCGACCUCUGUUGAAGGAGACCCUCCCGAGUUAGAUGACGAGGACACCAACAUUACAGCAGGAAAUGAGAGGCUGGGUGCGAAAACCAUUGUUGUUCAUCCUGGUUCACGUAACCUACGUCUGGGCUUAGCCAACGCGGCUUUUCCGAAGACGGUACCUAUGGUUAUCGCAAGGCUGCUGCCGGGACACCAAGGGAGAGUCAUGAAUGGCCGCGAGCCUGAGCCCAAAAGAAUGAAGCUAGACGGAGGGGAAGGAGCUUUCGGUGAUUGUUUUGAAACCGAAAUUGCGCCAAUUGAAGCGUCUUUCAGAGCUCGUAUGCGUUUACUCAAAUUACGCACUGUACCUCAGGGCCAUGAGCUUGCAGCGUCUUACAACCGCCGGAUGCAGCAAACACCUCCAGAAAAGAUUCCAGAGCAUAACGAUCCGUAUCGUAUUGACUGGACUGAUACGACAGCAUCACCCAAGCGCGUGUGCGGUUUACCGGCUCUGAGAUUGAAAGACGAUCGAUACAAGUUGUUCUGGCCUAUACAAUACGGCAUGCUCAACGAAUCCGAUUAUAAUUCACGUGAGGAGCUAAUGGGCGAUAUGCAUGCUAUUCUGCAGGAUGCCCUAGAUUCGGAGUUGGGUAUAAAAGCCGCAGAUUAUGGAGAUUAUUCCGUGUGUCUUGUUGUACCAGAUCUCUACGAGAAGUCAUACAAUGAUGUCUUCUUUCGCCUGCUUAUGACGGAUUUCGGAUUCUCACGGAUAAUGGUACAGCAGGAAUCGCUAUGCGGUAGCUUCGGCGCUGGAAUGUCAACUUCUGUGGUUGUUGAUAUCGGCGCACAGACGACAAGUAUCGCAUGCGUCGAUGACGGCUUCGUUAUUCCGGAUUCCCGCAUACUCAUGAAGUACGGAGGUGAUGAUAUCACGCUUCUCUGGACGAAAUUGCUCCUGCGUUCCUCGCUGCCAUACCAUGCAGUUGAUAUUAGACGUAUGCAUGACUGGUUACUUGUCGAAGAGCUCAAGGCAAGGUUCUGUACAAUGAAUGAGAGCGACGUGAACAUCCGCCUUCACGACUUCUAUCUCCGAUCACCAACAGAACCACAAACUUUGAAGUACACGUUGAAGUUGUAUGACGAGUAUAUCUUUGCGCCCAUGUCAAUAUAUCACCCGCAGGUGUAUGAGCAAGGCGAUAAGUUUAAGGGCCGUUACACGCUUAUCUCGCGAAGUGAGGAUAUCUAUGAUGAGUCACUGAACGAUCCGGAAUCGGUUGCUCAGAACAACCUCUUACCAAAAGUUGAAGGUAGCAAUGUAGCGACGUUGCCGGCUCCGGAGUUGCUUGCUGUGGAUGAUGCCGUUCCCAAGAAUACGAGGCCUGACGUCAAUAACGCGUCCCUGGCUCCUGCUUUAAUUGAGGACUCGUCUACUCCUCGGCCUUCCACGGCACCGAGUCCACCACAAAGUACAGAAGCCCGGCAUCCGUCAUCAACCUACCCUAUAACCCCGUUGGAUGCGGCAAUUGUCGAAUCUAUUCGUUUGGGCGCAGCCCAGUCUGAGGACCGAUUGAAGAGGCUGUAUGGUUCAAUCUUGGUGGUCGGCGGUGGUGCAGGUUUCCCGGGUUUUGCGACCCACCUUGAGGAUAGACUGAGAAUGCUACGGCCGGAUCUUGCCGGCCCUCAGCAAAUUGCAGUUAUUCCACCGCCUCGAGAAAUGGAUGCAACUCAUCUGUGCUGGAAAGGUGCAGCCGUGGUGAGCAAGUUGUUGAGCGCACGGGAGUACUGGGUGAGGAAGCAGGAGUGGGAGCUUCUCGGCUGGAGAGCUUUGGCACAGAGAACAGUCUGGCAAUACUAAGAUAGCAUCGUUGUUUAUUUAGCAGAAGCCUUUAUCACUGGUAAGGGAAUGU